AUGUUCGACUCGGUCCAGAAAAUGACCUGCCCUGGAUGGGCCUACUGGUUCCCUCUGGUCUACGGGGCUUUGGUUCUGCUGCUGGAGCCACUGGGGGCCCAGGGACAGACUCAGAAUGACACCGAGCCUAUUGUUUUGGAGGGGAAGUGUUUAGUCGUCUGUGAUUCCACACCCUCUUCAGAACCGGCAGGGAACGCUUUGGGAAUGUCUGUGCGUUCUGGGACAGGCCGCGUGGCUUUUUCCGCAAUUCGGAACACCAAUCAUGAACCGUCUGAAAUGAGCAAUCGAACCAUGACCAUCUACUUCGACCAGGUUCUGGUAAAUGUUGGGAGUCACUUUGAUCCAGCUCGAAGUAUCUUUUUAGCUCCAAGAAAAGGGGUAUACAGCUUCAGUUUCCACGUGGUCAAAGUCUACAACAGACAGACAAUACAGGUCAGUCUGGUGUUGAAUGGCUGGCCAGUGAUCUCAGCGUUUGCCGGCGACCAGGACGUGACCCGUGAGGCAGCCACAAACGCAGGGCUGGUUACCAUGGAGAGGGGGGACAAGGCUUACCUGAAAUUAGAACGAGGGAACCUCAUGGGAGGAUGGAAAUACUCUACAUUCUCAGGCUUUCUAGUCUUUCCAUUAUAG